AUACACGCGUAACUUCCGGAGUGUAUUUUUACGUUCCCGCCAUCAUCGCACUGCACUGCUGCGAGUCCCGCCUCGCUAGUGUCAACAAGAUAGCAUACAUCGAGCCGGCGGUCAACGCCGGCCAAACAAACUUUUGGCCUCUCCAAACCGACAUUUUGAUACCGAACAUUUCACGGCGAGCGUAGGCAAACAGCAGGAUUUGAUUGCUCCACGACCUCCAAAGUGCACCGACGGGAUCGUUAAGCCAUGGCCACACUAGUGCCCAAACUCUCCAGUGGCGGCUCUGUGAAGAUCCGCUACAACAGCUUGCAUGUCGGCACCUCGCGGUGGAAAGAAGGGACUUUUGAGAUACUGGAAAAGGACAAUAAAGUCAGCCUGUGCUUAAGAUUCAACUGCGGCGGGGUGGGCAAAACCUUCCAGCUGAAUCAGAAUGUGAAGAAGGUCUCCUCCAACAUGGACCGAAUCAUACUGAAUUUGAAUGACAAGAGCGUCAUCACUCUGGACAAAAUGCCUCCCACUUUGGCCCAGAAGACUCGAGACUACCUGGAGAAGCUGAAGCAAGGAAAGACAAGUGUUUUAAAAUCAUCUCAUGGAAGUGUAAACUUCAGCGUGCCGACUCGCCGCUCAGUGAAAAAUGAAAUCAGCCCCUCUGGGGAAAGACAGACAACAACGAGACGGCAGAGUGCUGAGGGACGGGAGGAAUCCACACCGCGUAAACCUUUGGGCAGUCCGAGCAGAGCGGCCUCCACUCCUGUUCGAACCGGACUCUCCGAGAACCGGAGUGAAAAGAGAAAGCGACUCCUUACCUCCGAAAGCGACUUGAGUGAGGACUACCCCAAAGAAAAUGACUCCUCGAGCAACAACAAGGCCACUUCGGACCCAUCUCGGAAGUUUUUACUGAGCUGCAAAGAUAAACUGAAACAGGCAGAAGACAACCGGAGCAUAGCUCCCCUUGGUUCAACAACUCCCCUCCAGCCGACUUCAUUCUACAGCAGUCGAUCUGUGACCAAGGAUUACAGCCAGAGCCACUCCUUUUCAGAAAGGCCAUCGAGUACAUCCCUCACGCCCACAGCCAAACGCAGCCUUCUGCUGCCCAAUCACUCCACUCCUUUCAAGAAAGUACGGCCCUCUGUGGAUUACGGUGGUUGGAACAAGCAGAGACCCUCCACUCCAGCCCAGUCGCAGCCUCCUCUGCAAGGAUUUUCAAAUUUGGGCAACACUUGCUAUAUGAAUGCCAUUCUGCAGUCGCUCUUCAGCCUGCCGUCCUUCUCCAAUGACAUGCUGAGGCAGAGCAUCCCUUGGAAGAAAGUGCCUGUCAAUGCGUUGCUCAGGCGUUUCGCUCAUCUUCUGGCCAAGAAGGACGUGGGCUGCCCGGAAACACAAAAAGACCUGCUGAGAAAAGUUAAAAGUGCCAUCUCCUCUACUGCCGAGCGUUUCUCUGGAAAUAUGCAGAAUGACGCUCAUGAGUUCCUCAGCCAGUGUCUGGACCAGCUGAAAGACGACGUGGAGAAAAUGAACAAAAGCUGGACAAAUGAAGCAUCUGCAUCCUCUUCUUCCUAUUCAUCGGUGAUGUGUGAGAGUAACCAUGAGGCCAAGGUGGACCCCGGCGAAGAAGCGGACACCUCCCGCAUCUACACCUGCCCUGUGGCUGUUAACAUGGAGUUUGAAGUGCAGCACACUAUCACCUGCAAAUGUUGUGGCGAAGUGGUGACCAAGCGUGAGCAAUUCAACGACCUGUCCAUCGACUUACCUCGCAGAAAAAACACCCUCCCACUUCGAUCUGUCCAAGAUUCCCUGGAUCUUUUUUUCAGGCUAGAGGAAAUUGAAUAUUCGUGUGAGAAAUGCAGUGGGAAAGCAGCCACAGUUACACACAAAUUCAGCAAACUACCCAGAGUGCUCAUCCUCCACCUGAAAAGGUACAGUUUUAAUGCCCAGCUGUCUCUAAACAGCAAGCUGGGCCAACAGGUAGUGAUACCCCGCUACCUGACUCUGCUGUCACAUUGCACUGACUCCACUCGGCCCCCCAUCAGUCUCAGCUGGAGUUCCCAAGCGUCCAGACCACUCAAAACCUCACAGUCACUCAAUGCAUCCACGGCACCGCUGCGGAGGGUUGGAGGGAAGUUGGUAAAUUCCAACAACACAUCUGCACUAGUGGAUUCGGACAGCGAGGAGGAGCUGACCAGAAAGGCGAGCGCAAGCGGCAAAAGACGAAUCAGCACCUGUCUCCCGGAAGAUGACGAACGACCGGAAGAGCGGGGAGUUCCCAUGGAUCCGGCAGAAUUCAGCGGGAUUAACGACGAAGAAAUGUUAGAGGCCGUGCUGGAGCUGAGUCGCCAGGAGGCUGGUCUCACUGCGCCAUCUCCCCUGAAUGACGAACCGACGAGCAGUCCAGACACGGGCUUCGGGGACACGGAUGCCCAUGAACUGGCCUAUCACACAGAUCUGCUGGAUACAGACAGUAAACAACCUGCAAAUGUGUUGGAUUCCUUGGACUUGACCAUGGACGAGAACAAGGAGAACCAAACCCCGGAGAGCUCGCAGGUGCAUCAGGGGGAAAUGGAUUGGGUCCAGCAGUACAACUUGGAUCAGGAGAGGGAAGAUCAGGAGUUGCAGCAAGCGCUGGCGCAGAGCCUCAAGGAGCAUGAAGCCCAAGAGAUGAGAGAGGAUGACGAUCUAAAGCGGGCCACUGAGCUCAGCUUGCAAGAAUGAGAGUGCUUAAAGAGGAGGAUACUAUUCAUGUGGCACAGCUUGAAGCAGGCAUCAGGUGCAGGUGGAGGUGGCCCUGACUCAAGUUGGAGGGCAGAACAAAAAGGCAAAGAAAUGAGGCAAAUUUAAUUUUGAUCUUUGUACAUCAACAUGUACUUGAGCGGUGUAAAUAAGUUUUUCUGUGUGAAGAAUUGUAAUAUUUUUUUUUUGCCUUAUUGUACUCUCCGGAGUCUUCCAGAUUGCUUAAUUUAUGUUAAAAAAUCUCCGCAGUGGCCUGGGGUAUCCCCCAAGAACCUCCCACAAUAUUUUUUUGUUUUUGUUUUUUUUGGUCACAUUUUUCAUGCAUUUGGUGUUUGCAUGUUUGGACAAAUGGACCUAGAUGACCAGGUGAUACGUUUAAUUAUGCUGCAAAAUCGAUCAAGAUGGUAGCGGCGUAGCUGGUAUGUAGAACCAAGGGGCAUGCUGAGUACGUCAUCACAGCAUGUGACUAAAACGGACCAAUCACGACAGAUGUUCUACGUGCAGCAACAAUUUUUGCCCUGUGCGCGUCGAGUGACGCAGAGGGGCCGCGUGGGCCAAUGCGGGCGUUGUCGGCCGUGGGAGUAUAAAGAGGCCUUCGGACUUGGCAUUUCAUGAGACUCGACUUGGCUUUGAACUACAUGACAUUGUGCUUUGGCAAUGGGGGCCUUUUCACACUGAGCAAGUGCAUUGUGAAAAGGCCAUUAGUGUAACAGAUCACACAGCCAAACACAAAUUUCCCCACAUCAACAACUUGGCUGAGUAUUCAGGCUCAGAAAACUUAAUUUUUACUUGCAAGGUAAUUUAGGGAGCAGAGAGCAGCACACUCAUUGACACAAGUUAACAACAUAAAUGAGAAAUACAUUAAAAAAGGGCAUAAAACGAGGGGUUCUACAAGUUAAGAGUCCUGACAGUUCAGGAGAACAGCCUGGGCGAUAGAGGUGGCUCUCCUUCUCUGGGUUUUAUAGGCUGGACACCUUAGUCUGCGAUGUUGAAAAUGGUGGCUCUUCGCUCAGCCCAAAGUAAUGGGUGGAGAAACGUUGUGUGGUUGUAUUAUGUAAAUUAGUCCAAUCUUGACAUCACAAUGCGUUAAAAUUUAGAACGGCUUUCUCAGAGACGUGUUUAGGGAAAUUGCAGCUCAUAAAAUGUUUACUUGGUUGGUGGGCAAGCACUGCAGAGAUCCAACUAUUUGUAUACAAGAAAUUAGA